ACUGAAUUUAAAACUUCAUUUCAUUAUCAGCCGGUCGAUUAUUUACGCAUACAAGUUAGAAAAGGUAAAUAUUUAAGAAAAUACAAUGGGUGAUAUGUUGGACGAAGAUCUGGAAUUUCGUGGCGGCACUCUGCAGCUAUCGUCGGAAAAUGUUAGUGCGGAAUCUCGGAAUGCUCAACAGCAAGGAAAAUCAACUACAAAUACAUCGAAUACACAAGUAAAUCCUUCCGUGUUAUCUGGUGCAGAUUCUUUGACUUCAUCAUCUUCGUCAUUUGCAGAUGCCAGAGGAACAGAGAAUCCUACUGCUGCUCAGCAAGAGGCUGAUCCAGUCCAAACUGUUUACCCUCGGUAUGAUGUUCCAUUUAACAGUGAAAAUAUUAAGGACUUCUUUACGUUCCGCAAAGGAGUAGUUGAGAAUGCCAUACAAGAGUGCAUUACGGGAUUACUGUUUCCUGAAGAUGGUGAAUAUUUAGGUUCCUGGUUAUUGACAGAGAUCACACUAUGGGAUAAUGAGAAAGAAAGAAUCGUUCUCUUAACCUCGAGAUUAGUUAUGACUAUAAAAUAUGACUUCAUAGCGAUGAAACAGUUGGACUUUAAAAAGACAUAUUUAGACGAUUUGGACACCAUUGUGAUCGGGGAAUUGGUCUAUCCACCAUCAUCUUUAGUACCACGUCUUAACGGUAUAGCAACGGGUGUGACGACAGUCGUCAAAGAUUGCGUCAUAGAUCGCCUGUGCAGGCGGCCAAGUACCUCCGACGAAACUAAACUGUUCGAUUACAAGUAUUUUGAACCUAGGGAACGAAACCUUCGCGGGGUACGCUUGAUGUGGAACAAAGGCGAACCUCUGCCGAUGAAGACGGUUUGGAACCCUUUUAGUCAAGACGUACCGUUCCUGACCUUCGCUUCUCACCCCAUCUAUUGGCAUAAGGAUGGCGGAUUAGAAGAAAGAUCUACCUAUGACAUGGAACUUUUUGCUCAAAAAUUGCAAAGGGCCGUCGAGAAUAUGACAUCCCCGUGUUGCAUACAUCAUUCCCCGAUCGUCAUACAAAGUUAUGUAGGUCUAACAUCUCUACUCCACAACAAAACGAGCAUGGGAUUCUUCAAGGUGAGAGGUAAAUUUAGUUUUUAAUAAUAUUCAAUAAUUUAUUAUCUGUAUUCCAUACAAUUUCACAUUUUACAUAGAUAAUAAGGUUAUUAAAAAAGAGGCUUGCAUAAACCUAAAUUGAGUACUAAAUAAUUAAAUUUAAACAGUAUUUAUCUUGGGCAGGUUCUGAAUAAUUUUGAUUAACUAGUUAAAUUUAACGCAAGCUCAUUCGAUUAUAGCUAUUUAUGUAUUCGUAUAUGGCAACAUUUUGUCAAUGUUUAGUAUUAGGCCAUAAAAUAAUUAUUGGGUCAAGAAGACAAUGUGACAAGAAAUCAUUCUUAAUAUAUAAAAGUUUGGUGCAGAUUUAAUGGAACUUAAUUUAGAUAGGUUUACUUAAAAAAAAAAAACAUAUUUUAAUUCUUAUAAUAUGAUAAUAAUAUAUAAAGUUCCUUUUUAAGGUGUGUUCUAUAUGUCUAACAUAUUAUAUUCGAUAAAUGAAUUAGGUAUAUUAUAAAGCAUGCACGGGAAUAUUAUAAAGCAUAAAUAUGUGCGUAAUGAGAUGCAUUUACUAUUUUAGUGUUAAGGUAAGACAAACCGAGAACAGUGUGAAUGUAGUAUUGUGGUAACAAUUAAGCAACUAUUAUUACUUAAAAGCCGAGAUGGCCUAGUGGUUAGAACGCGUAAAUCUUAACCGAUGAUCGUGGGUUCAAACCCGAGCAAACCGUGCUUAAUUUGUGUUUAUAAUUCGUCUCGUGCUUAACUUAAGCUUAACAUGCGUUCUACCAAUCCGCAUUGGAGCCGCUUGGUGGGAUAAGCUCCAAACCUUCUCCUCAAAACGGAGAGAAGGCCUUAGCCCAGCAGUGGGACAUUAACAGGCUUCGUGUUAAAGGUCUGAAGUCUCUGGUCGUAUCUGGCUCGUCCACCCAUAGAAUUAUGCGUGUGAUAUUUUUGCUUUAUUAAAUCUCCUUCUUAAUGGCUUAGUCUUCGUUAAGGAUAUCGGUUAGGGAGACGUCAUCAUAAUAAUUAUAUAUUGUAAUAAUUAUUAACUUCAACAAUCAAUUGUAUACAAACAAAAAAAAAUAUAUAGACUUAUAGAAUUAUCCUUAAAACGGAACGUAAUUUUAAAGAUAUAUAUGACAAUACUUUUAUUUCACAUAAAAAUAACAUUUAAGAUAUAUUCAUAUAUAUUAUUUUUAAUAUUGAUACGUAUAAGUACAAUAUAAUAUAUUUCAUUUAUUAUUAAUAAUACUCACAAAUUUUCAAUAUUUCUCGCGUGAUUUAUAACGAAACUUCAUCAAAUUAAUGUUCUGCGUAACUGGACUCGUGUUAUAAAUUAUUGAGUAUUUAAUAUUACAAUAUGAAUAUAUUCGCAAUAAAAAAAACAGCGAUUUCAUUAUUUAUAUAUUCCUAAUCCAUGUUUAAACUUUAGUCAUUGACGUGACAUAUUAUAUUGUUAAAAGGCAUUUUCUAGUAUAAUGGGAGUAAUUGUAAUUUUAGUUAUAUAGUAUAUACUAUAGCAUAUAGGCUAUGUAUUUGUUAAUAUAUUUUCGGCGAUAUUGAGUCGGCGCCACACGUGUGUAACGCGUCUCAUAUUCGCAGACAUUUGCGAAUAUACCGAUUAUUCGUGAAUUUUGUUAAAUAAAUUGUUUACGUUUUUAUAUUAUUCGUUCAAUAAAGAGGAUGUAAUUUUUUAAUGGAAUACUUGGGCUCGAUAAAUGCUUUAAAAUUGAAAUUUGUUUAUAUAUAUAUUUAUAUUUAUUGUCUCUGAUUCAAGUCAAAUUUACAAAUCGAUUGUCUAUCAACGAAGUCACAAAUCAUAUAAAAAGAUACUAAAUUUAGACCUUCUUUUGUACGUGCCUAGUUACACUAGCUUACAGCAACAUAAAGUUUGUUGAUUAGCACCAUAAUAUCUGAUACAUAGGUGGGUACCCAAAUGGAUAACGGAAAGCCUACCAGUAAUUCAUAAACAACAAAGUUUUAGUCUCAAUUCAUGUGUGUCGUCGACCUUACUUAGGAGUAAAAUAUUGUUUAGACGUUUAAAUAGUUAUAAGUAUUAAAAUAUAUACAUAAUGUUAAUAUUUCUUGUUAAAAUUAGUUAUGAAAGAGUUAUUUCAUUGAUUGUGAUAUUUAUUAUUUAUUUAUUAUAUGCUCUUACGAAUGUAUAUAGCGAAAAUGUAUGUGGAAAUAUAUGUUGUAGCUUAUAAUUUUGAAUUAAAGACCAUUUCGAGAGAAUUCGUUCAAAGGAUAAUUAUAAAAUUGUCAGAAUAUAAUCAACAAUAAUCCGUUUAAUUAUUUAUUUUAUGGUUCUUAUUUCAGUUUUACUAAAAAAGGUGCAGUUGGUUUUGAUAAUAUUAUAAUUAAUGAGUUUCAAUUUCACUUUUGUGUAUAAGUACGUUAUUAUGUAUUGACAAUUAAUUGACAAGCUUCGGGAUGACUUCGUAAAAUAUGAGUAUCUUGUAUGUAUUUAUGUUAAUAUUAUCACAUAUUAAAAUUAAAAAAUAAACAAUUAAUAUGUAUUGUUAUAUAUAUUCUGACAAUUGACGACAGACGUUGCACAACAGAUUAUCCACAAUAAGACGUACAAUGUUGAAAAACAUUCUCUUUUGGUGGACCGGUUGGCGUGGUUGGUAGAUACAUGCCUUUCACGCCGAAGGUUGUUGGUUCGAUUCCCACACAGAACAGACAUUUGUGUGCAUGAACAUGUCUGUUUGUCUUGAGUCUUGGUGUAAUUAUCUAUAUAAGUAUGUAUUUACAAAAGAAAAGUAGUAUAUGUAGUAUAUCAGUUGUCUGGUUUCCAUAGUACAAGCCCUGCUUAGUUUGAGAUCAGAUGGCCGUGUGUGAAUAAUGUCCCAGUAUAUUAUUAUUACAUUAAGUUAAGUUAAGUUAUUUAAUUAACAAAUCAAAUAUAAUUUUAAAGAGAUAAUUAAAUGUAUUGUAAUAUAAUUAUAUCAAUGCAUUUAAUUUACACAUUGAAGAACUUCUAUUCAAAUAAAUUAUAUGUUGUUAAAUGUUUUAAAAUAUGUAUAUUUAUAUAAUAUAUAAUUAUAAUUUGUACGUUAUCUAUGUAUUAGGAGCGGUAAAAUGAUAAAAAUGAAGUCUUCACAGGAUGUUGUUAUUAUUGAUGUAAAUAAUUUUAAAUAAUAUGUAGCUUUUGCAUGAGAUUAUCUUUAAUAUUAUUAAAA